AUGUCAACACCAUAUAAAAGUUUUCCUUUCAUGUCAUCUAUUAUAUCACCACCACCAUCUCCUAAAAAAUAUCCGAUCAUUCUUCCUCCUUUGAAAUUUCCUUACGAAUUUAGGAAUGAUGAAACGGUCGAUUCCACCUCCUCACUUGAAUCGACAAACCAACAAAAUGCAUUGGAAAAUCCACUUUUUCCUCCUAUAAAACAACAAAGUAAAUACCGGAUGCGUUUAUUAGAUGCACCAACCGAUCUUUUGGAUUAUAUUGAAAAAUCUAAACCAACAACAGUUCGAAGUCCACCAUCACAUUGCCUUUCUAGAUUUUCUUUAUCUAACGCUAAAUCAUCUCCUCUUGAGUUGAAUCAUCCA